AACUAUGCUCACCUUUAUACUCUACACCAACGACUACAUUGAAAUGUAAAGAUGUAACUGGAAACGCAAUCGGUUGUAAUGAAGCCACAGAGGGCACGUAUUUAACCUACCAAUGUAUUCCCUAUUACGAAGCUUUGGGGCGCAAACACAGCCUCUAUUGCAGUGGAGGUACGUGGGACUUUCCAAAACCAGUAUGCCAACCAGUUUGUGGCAGAAAAGUUAGUAACGAUGUGACAACGUUGGUAUUCGGUGGUGAAGACACGAAAAAAUACGAAUAUCCUUGGAUAACUGCUGUUUACUUGAAUCAUGAAGGUAAAAUGAUAAAUAAUUGUGGAGGAACUCUAUUGAAUCCUAGGAUAGUUCUAACUGCUGCUCAUUGUGUCACAAAUUCUUAUGGGGAUACUGUAUCAGCGGAUACUGUGGAAGUAGGCGCAGGAAAAUAUUUCAACGAAUAUGGAGAUACCAGAGAUAUACAUGCCCAAUAUUCGAAGGCAGCACGUAUAAUAGUACACGAAGAAUACAAAGGAGAUACCCGUCGAUUCCAGUUUGACAUUGCACUUAUUGUAACGAAAAGGUUGUUUACUUUGGGCCCCGUGGUGCAACCUGCAUGUUACAGCAACAUUGAUACCAUAUAUCCUCAUGUUGGAAGCGUAGGAGAGUUGGCUGGUUGGGGUGUUACGGAGACCGGCAAGCCAUCUGACACGUUGAGAACUAUAAGAAUACCUUACAAAGAAAAGAUAAUUUGCACACAAGAGCUUCCCAAUGAAUGGUCCGAUAGAUACAAUUUCGAUGACAAAAUGUGUGCUGGAUUUUACAAGCAGAACAAAAGCGUCUGUCCAGGAGACAGUGGAAGCGGCUUGGUAUUUCGUAACCCUGAAGAUAACAGAUUUUACGUCCAUGGUGUUGUGAGCAUCUCACCUAAGAUUGUUAACGGCUUCUGUAACAACCAAGACAAUGCACUUUUCACCAAAGUGGCCCACUAUUAUGAGUGGUUGGAUAAAAAGAGUACAGCAAAUUAUGUAGAAGACUGUAUACUUCCCGCUUUUCCCAGAGAUGGAAAGUGGGAGCUGGAGGUUGGUCAAGAAAGAUUACCCGGAGACAUUGUUUCUUCCACAGCCGUUUUGAUAUUUUCUUGCAGGAAAGGAUACAGAUUGUCCACUAUCAAUUCAAAAUUUUUCUGUGGGCCGUCAUUAGUACCACCUACUUGCGAAUUAUUGUGUCCUCCAAUAAACUUUCCACCUGCAACUAUUUCAAAAUGCAGAAAUAAACAAAAUAUAACUAUCGAUUGUGAAGAUGCUGUUGAUGGCAGUACUAUGACUUUUACGUGCCCCACAGGAUAUGUAGCACAUGGAGCCAGAUCCGGUACUGCUUCUUGCUCAAGUGGUUCCUGGGGUAGAAAUCGACCCCAGUGUACUCGAGAUCAAGGUUCACCUCAUGUUGAUGUUGUUAAUAAAAAUGAAUUUUCUACGGAAGGAUCAGUAACAGAAUCCAGCAGCGAUACUGUUCAACAAACAUCGGGAAUUAAAGUUAUCUGUACUUAUGCCAGUUGGAGAUUCUAUCAUGGAGUUAAGCCAGAAGACUUCGAUCCUAGUCUUUGCACCCAUUUCGUUUAUACCUAUGUAGGAAUUAAUGAGAAAGGAGAACUCCGCAACGGUGAUCCCACUCUUGACGUUCGUUUGUUCCCUAGAGUUGUUGAUCUGAAGAAGAAAAAUAGAAAAUUGAAGGUUAUGUUAUCAAUUGGUGGAUCUGGAGCAAGUAAUGCUACAUUGUUCUCAGGACUGGCAGCAGAUGCGGAAAAAACUGCUGCAUUUAUAAAAAGUGCGAGUCAUUUCAUGAAGACUUACGAUUUUGAUGGUUUGGACAUAGAUUGGUUCUACCCGGAAAAAGCAGAUAAGGAGAAUUAUAUAACUUUUCUUCGAAAAGUCAAGGAGGCCUUCGACAAGGAAGGUUGGUUACUCAGUUCAUCUGUUCGAGCCGAUCCAGAAGACACCGGUUAUGAUGCCUCAAAAAUGAAUGAGGUUCUAGAUUGGGUCACAGUGAAAUCCUACGAUAUGUACGGAUCAUGGAGUACCUACAGUGGAAAUCACAAUGCUCUGUAUCCCUCCUCGAAAGAAUUCGAAUGGGAAAAAGAGCAUCUCAACAUGAACGCGGUUGCUAAUAAUUGGAUGAAAGCUGGCCUCAACAAAAACAAAUUGGUUUUGAGCGUUGCCUUUUAUGGUAGAUCGUUCACGCUCAAGGACAAAAAUCAACAUUCAAUAUAUUCUCUAGUAGCGGGAAACGGACCAGGGGAAGAUGGUUGGUUGAAAUAUUCUGAGAUUUGUUCAAAUUACGGAAACUAUACCGAAGUGUGGGAUGAUGACCAGAAAUCGCCAUACAGAUAUAAAGAUGAUAAAUGGUUUGCAUAUAAUUCAAAGGAAGCUGUUUCAAUUAAGGGUGACUACAUUAAGUCAAAAGGUUUUACUGGAGUUAAUGUCUAUCCCGUGGAUGCUGAUGACGUUCAUGGUGUUUGUGGUACGAAACAAGUUUUGCUCAAAUAUCUCAACGAAGGAUUAGGAAAUAAGGUUAAUUUCGACAAUUGAUAGAAUAAGUUGAAAUAGUAAUCCUAUGCAGCAAUCUGAAAAUGUUUUACCGUAAUAAAUGAUUUUUAAUUUUGUACUGA